AUGGUUAUGGCAAACGCCUCUAAAGACAGCCGCACCGAAGCCCAGGAAACGGUUGUGGACCAGGAGAUCGAACAGCAGAAGCCCUAUCGACCUGCCCGAUGGCAGAGUAACCUGACGAUUUUGAGUUGUUACAUCGCCAACUUCAGCGACGGCUUCCAGAACGGCCUUGCAAAUCCCACAAAUGUCAUCUUCAAGCACCUGCUAGGUAGCUCGCGGUAUCCGUCUGAGAUGCAGACGCGGAUUAGUAACUCCUUGAUUAUUGGCGCUAUUCUGGGCGUUGUCGUUCUGGGAUACGUGUCGGAUAUGGUCUCGAGACGAGCAGGUCUCGUCUUUACCUCGGGGCUGGUCACGGUUAGCACAUUGAUGGCUGCGCUGGCGCUGCAGGUGCAUCCUUCGUACAACAUGCUGUGGUUCUUUGUCAUUGUGCGUGGGAUCUCUGGGUUUGGCGUUGGAGGUGAAUAUCCGCCCAGUGCGGCGGCUGGGUUAGAGGAAUCAGACGAUUUCAGACGGCGCUAUCGAGGUCCUGUCUUCGUCUCCUUCACAACCCUAAUGGCAACACUAGCCUCGCCCAUCCUGCAAAUCAUCUAUCUGAUCAGCCUGAAAGCAAGCAGCAACAAUCUGCACAUUACCUUCCAUGCCAUGUAUUCCAUCGCUGCAAUCCUCCCCUUCACAGUCAUGCUCCUCCGCUUCUUCAUGGCCGACUCAACACUCUAUCACAACUCGAAUUUCAAACAAAGCCCGCAGAACCGCUCUCUGCGCUUCUACGUCUUGCUCGUCCGCCGCUACUGGGCACGUCUCCUGACAACCUCUACCGCAUUCUUCCUCUACGACUUCAUCAACUUUCCGAACAGCAUCAUGUCUAGCACGAUCAUUUCGUCUCUGGUUACGGACAACAACAUCCAAACCACGGCAAUCUGGCAAGUCAUCCUCUCCGCACUCCCUGUUCCCGGCGUCGUGCUAGGCGCAUACCUUACCAACGCCAUUGGGCGCCGCAACACCGGUCUGCUCGGGUUCGCCGGCUACACGGUGACGGGAUUUCUAAUUGGAGGGCUGUUCCAUAAGAUCUCAAAGCACAUGGCUGCUUUCGUCGUGCUAUACGGUCUCCUCAAUGCCUUCGGUCAUAUGGGUCCCGGUGCCACAAUCGGUUUGAUCUCCUCUGAAUCGUUUCCAACUGCUAUGCGCGGGAUGGGAUAUAGCGUUGCGUUGGCGCUUGGCCGGACGGGCGCAGCGGUGGGAACCCAGUGUUUUAUGCCGCUGAGGGAGAGGGGUGGCGACAGUGCGACGUUUUAUCUCGCUGGGGGUGUAGCGGUUUUGGGGAUGUUUGUUUAUUGGUUUUUACCUGAAAGUGGAGAGUUGGAUCUUGAGAACGAGGAUCGGAAGUUGGAAGGCUAUUUGAGGGAGAAUGAGAUUGCUAUGGGGUGA